AUGCGUAACGCCGCGGUGUCCUUCCUCGUCGACCCGCAGUAUGUUUGCUUCGUCAUUGUAGCUGCGUCACCGCCUCUCUGUUGGAAACCUCACCGACUGUCUCCAACUUCAGGAGGGAAACACCGGAAUUAUGACAUCAAACUAAAGGUGAAGGACGCGACUUGUGUUCGCACAGAGGCGAGUGCGGUGAGCGAGGCAGACACUGAGGGUAAGCAGAAGGCCAGCGGUGCUGAGCCCGAACCCGAACCUGAAAACAAACAGAAGCCAGAGGCGGCAGCGUCUGAACCGGAAAAGGAAAAGUCGAGCAAGAAGGCCCAGGAGCAGGCCUCGGAGCCUGGGCCUGCCAAUACAGCUUCUUCCCCUGAGGAGGAGCAGCUGAAGCCUCGUACCAGGACCUCCGCUGGAAAAGGCCUGUCUCGGCUCUUCUCCUCUUUCCUCAAACGGCGCUCACAAUGCUCAGAGGGAGAGGGGUUUGAGGCCGAGAAAGCCAAGGAGGAAAAAGCAGACAAGGAAGAAAAAGCUGACAAGGCAGAAGAGGAGAAGGUAAAAGAAGCUAAAAGUGAGGUAAAGGAGGCGAAAAUAGAGGAGGAGAAGGCAGAGCCAAAAGAAGUGACAAAGAAAGAGGAAAAGGUCGAAGAAAAAGAAGAAAAGAAAGAGGAGGAAAAAGUUGAGAAGAAAAGCAGCAAGAAAAAAAAAGAAAGAAGCUAAGAAGAAAGCAGAAGAAAAGG